CCCAACAGCUUCCACAAGAUGGACCUCGGAGCGAGAGGAGGUGCCGGGCAGGGGGACGCGACCCACCCCAUCCCAAUCCCACCACCCGAUCCCGUCCCGCCUGCUCCCUCCGUGCCAGCCGGAGGAGGCUCAGAGUCCGGCCAGGAGAGCCCCAGCAUGGCACAGCCUCCCGGGCUCUGCUUACUGGUCCUACUGGGGCUGGGCACUGGAGGCUCUCCCGCCUGCUACGACCCCCGGGGCCAGCCCCGCCGCUGCAUGCCCGACUUCGAGAACGCUGCCUUCGGCCGGGCUGCCCACGCCACCAACACGUGUGGGUCCCCCCCUGAGGACUACUGCCUGCAGAUGGGUGCUCGCCACGCCAGCACCCUGUGCCACCGCUGCGAUGCCAGCGACCCCCAGCUCCACCACAACUCCUCCUUCCUCACCGACUUCCACAGCCAGGAGGAGAGCACUUGGUGGCAGAGCCAGUCCAUGGCCUUUGGCAUCCAGCACCCCAACUCUGUCAACAUCACCCUCCACCUAGGCAAAGCCUACGAGAUCACCUACGUGAGGCUGAAGUUCCACACCAGCCGCCCCGAGAGCUUUGCCAUCUACAAGCGCAGCCAUGCCCAGGGGCCCUGGGUGCCCUUCCAGUUCUACAGUGCCUCCUGCCAGAAGACCUAUGGCAGACCCCUGCGCCACUUUCUGCGGCCGGGGGAGGACGAGCAGGUGGCCUUCUGCACUGAUGAGUUCAGUGACAUCUCCCCUCUGAGCGGGGGCAAUGUGGCCUUCUCUACCCUGGAGGGACGCCCCAGCGCCUACAACUUUGACACCAGCCCUGUGCUGCAGGAGUGGGUGACAGUCACUGACCUGCUCAUCUCCCUGAACCGGCUCAACACCUUUGGUGAUGACAUCUUCAAGGACCCCAAGGUGCUGCAGUCGUACUACUAUGCCAUCUCCGACUUCUCUGUCGGUGGCAGGUGCAAAUGCAACGGCCACGCCAGCGAGUGCGCUCCGGACGGGGCUGGGCACCUGGCGUGUGUGUGCCAGCACAACACGGCUGGCAUCGACUGCGAGCGCUGCCAGCCCUUCCACCAGGACCGGCCCUGGGCUCGUGGCACCGCCCAGGCUGCCAACGAGUGUCUCCCUUGCAACUGCAGCGGCCGCUCGGACGAGUGCUUCUACGACCGGGAGCUGUAUCGCCGCACCGGGCACGGGGGCCACUGUCUCAACUGUCGCGACAACACGGACGGCCCCCACUGCGAGCGCUGCCGGCAUAACUACUACCGCUGGGAGCAGCGGGCAGCCUGCCAGCCCUGCCACUGCCACCCCACAGGCUCUCUGCAGCCCCAGUGUGACAGCUCUGGGACCUGCCUCUGCAAAGCCAACGUGACAGGCUGGAAGUGUGAGCGCUGCAAGGAUGGCUACCACAGCCUGAGCCAGGGGGGCUGCAGACCCUGCAGCUGUGACCCCGUGGGCAGCGUGGGCACCUGUGACCCCAACACAGGGCACUGCACCUGCAAGGAGAGCGUGGAGGGACACUUGUGCAACAGGUGCCAGCCGGGCUGGUUUAACCUGCAGCCUCACAACCCUGCUGGCUGCAGCAGCUGCUUCUGCUAUGGCCACUCCAGUGCCUGCACAGUGGCAGAUGGCUAUGAGGUGACCUACAUCCACUCUGACUUCAGCCAAGGGCUGGAGGGCUGGGCUGCCAAGGCUCUGGGCACCAAGGACCUGCCUCUGCGUUGGGCUGAUGGGGAGAUCAUCACUGAGUGGGAUGGAGAGGAGCUGGUGGAUUUUCUUGCACCAGAAAAGUUUCUGCAGAACCAGCGGCUCAGCUAUGGGCAGCUCUUGUCCCUGCUGCUCAGAGUACAGGGGAGCAGGAGGGAGGCUGGGGUGCCCCUGCUCCAGGUCCAGCUGGUGCUGGAGGGUGAGGGGAUGGAGGUCACCAUGUCCAGCAGUGAGAGCCAGCCCCAGCACGGCAAGCAGGCUGUCACCUUCAGGCUGCAGGAGGCAGAGGAGGGUGUGGAGCCUUCGCUCUCAGCCUUCAGCUUCCAGCGCCUGCUCUCCAACCUGACCUCCCUCCGUCUCCGUGUGAGCCAUGGUCCUGUGCCAGGCAGACUGGCCCUGAGCGAGGUCCAGCUCACAUCUGCUCGCCCCGGGCCAGGGGCACAGGCAGGGUGGGUGGAGGAGUGCAAGUGUCCCCUGGGGUACACUGGGCACUUCUGCCAGUCCUGUGCCCCUGGCUUCACACGGGAGGUCCCCUUUGGUGGCCCUUUCAUCAGCUGUGUGCCCUGUGCCUGCAACCAGCAUGGAGACUGUCACCCUGUCACGGGGCACUGCCAGUGCUUGCACAACACGGAAGGUCCCUCCUGCGAGCGCUGCAGCCCCGGGUUUUACGGCAACCCCUUCGAAGGGCACUUUGACGACUGCAAGCCGUGCCCCUGCCCCGGCGGCUCCUCCUGCACCGAGGUGCCCGGCCAGGGGGAGGUAGUCUGCAUCCACUGCCCCCCGGGACAGAGAGGAAAACGCUGCGAGCUCUGUGACGAUGGCUUUUUUGGAGACCCCCUGGGGCAGAGGGGUCCCGUGCGCCCCUGUGUCCCCUGCCAGUGCCACGGGAACGUGGACCCCAACGCCGUGGGGAACUGCGACCCUGUGUCCGGCCGCUGCCUGCGCUGCCUGCACAACACCACCGGGGAGCAGUGCGAGAGCUGCCGCCCAGGCUUCUACGGGGACGCGCUGGCUCCCGACCCCGCCGGGAAGUGUGCUCCUUGUGAUUGCAAUCCCAACGGCUCAGCCCCGGGGCUGGAGGGCUGUGAUCCUGGCACGGGCCAGUGCCACUGCCUCCCACACGUGAUGGGCAGAACCUGUGAGCUCUGCCAGCCUGGCUACUAUCGUCUGCAGCCUGCUGUGGGGUGCCAGAGCUGCGAGUGCCACCCAAGGGGGUCACGAGAGCCUGGGUGCCAGGCAGUGACAGGGCAGUGCUCCUGCCAGCCAGGUGUCACAGGGAGGCAGUGUGACCGAUGCCACCACGGCUUCUUCGGCUUCUCUGCCAGGGGCUGCCGAGCCUGCAACUGCUCCCCACUGGGCUCCAUCACCCUGCAGUGCCAUGAGAACAGCACCUGCCUCUGCCAGCCUGGCUUUGUGGGCUACAAGUGUGACCAGUGCCAGGCCAACUUCUUCCUUGACUCACGGAGCUCCCGCUGCCAGCAGUGUCCUGCCUGCUACGGGCUGGUGAAGGACGAGGCUGCCCAGCUGAAGGCCAGGCUGCAGGAGAUGGAGGAAUGGCUGCAAAAACCAGGCUGUGAUGCCCGCCCAGGCCACUUCCUCAUGCUGGGAGAUGCACCCCGGGGGGAUGGGCUGCCCAGCCCCCACCUCCUGCAAGGUGCCCGAGCUGCCCUCCUGGCACAGGUGGGGUGGCUGGCAGGGGCACUGGGCACUGCCCAGGGCCACCUCAGCAAUGCCAGCCGGGCCACCAGCUGCUCUGGGCACGGACACACCAAGACCUGCGUCCUGCUGCGGGAGGUGGGGGCCGCGCUGCAGUCGGCACAGCAGGAGCUCCUGCAUGCUGCGGACACCCUGGCUACCAUGGAGAUUCCCCAGGAAAUCCCUCAGCUGCCCACCAACUGGAGCCGCCGGGCCCUGGAGGCAAAGGCACUGGCAGAGAGCCAGGAGGACACCGUGGCACAGGUGGAGGUGGUGGUGGGGAGAGCUCUGCGUGCCUCCAACGCCAGCUGCCAGCUCCUGCAGAGCCUGCUGCAGGGCAGUGCCAUGGGGGAUGCACAGCUGGAGGCUGGGUAUGAGGAAAUGCAGCGGGCACAGGAGGAGCUGCAUGCUAGCGUGGUGGAGGUGGCAGCAGAGGCCAGGAGAGCUUUCACAGCAGUGCAGCAGGAAAAUGCAGACAUGGCCAAGAAACUUCUGCAGGUGGCUGCUCUGGGGCAGCAGGCACUGCCAGUGCAGGCUGGUGCCCUGGCACAGGAGCUGGCAGCGCUGGAGCUGGCAGUGGACGCACAGGAGCCCUUGGCUCGGAAGGCUGUGGAGGUGUCCCAGGCUCUGGCAGCCAGGCUGCGGCAGGAGCUGCACAGGACUCGUGGCUUCCAGCAGCUGCAGGACCGGGCUAGCUCUGCCCAUGGCAUGGCUACCCUGGCUGUCUCACAUGGCAAAGCUGUGCUCUCCGACACAGAGUCCCUCCUGACCAGCUUGGAAGGCAUGAGGAAGGUGCUGGGGCAUCAGAAGGCCCAGGCUGCCCUGCACAGGAGGAUGGUAGUGGUACGGAACAGGGUGGUGGUGGAGGCCCAGAGGAAGAUCAAACAGGCAGAGAGGGCACUGGGAAGCUCCUUGUCCAUCUCCACUGCAGCCCAGAGGACAGCCAGGGAGGCUGAGCAAAUCUCUGGCGAGACCACCAAGAGGGCACAGGCUGUGCUGCAGCAGAGCAAGCAGAGCCACCAGCAUGCCCAGCAGCUCGCCACGCGUGCCAACCGGACCCAGCAGGAGCUCUCCCGGCAGCAGCGUGAGGCUGAGAAGCUCAGCAGGGACCUGCAAGAUGCCCACCAGGUGGGGACAGAGGUGAGUGAGAUGGCAAAGAGUCUCCAGCAAGCCCGGGGGUCGCUCCUCUCAGACAUUGAGACACUGAACAACCUGCUGAGCAGCCUAGGGACGCUGGAGCCGUCGGCACAGGCGGAGGCAGUGCUGAGCGCCGGGCAGCUGGAGCUGGCACAGCUGUGGCAGCGCCUGGGCACCCCAGGAGCCCUGGCUGGGCAGCUCAGCCUGCUGCAGGAGGAAGCAGUGAGGCAGCAGGAGCAGAUCCAGGCAGUUGAGAGUGACUUGGCUGAGAUCAGGGCCGACAAGAAGAACCUGGAGGACAUUUUGCGGAGCCUCCCUGAGGGCUGCUCCAAAUGGCAGUGA